AUGGGUGCGGUGCCGGACGCGACGCGAUCGGCGUUUGCUGAGUCAAUGGGAGAAAACAAGGAGCCAACAACGUCGUCUGCAGUCGACUCUAGGAAGCGAAAAGCCGCUGGAGAACCCACAACACCCAAGAAGACACCUCGUGCUAAGAAGUCAAAGUCUUCUGACAAAAGUAUUGCUACUCCGCUCAUAUCGGAUGUCUCCAUUCCGCCUCCCCCACCGCCCUUGCAGAAUGUGCCAGAGGAGGAAACCCUUGUUCCUGCAGUAUUGACAUUCUCGUUUGAGGAGGCUAAAGUGCAUCUCAUUCGCGCCGAUCACCGCUUUGAAGAUAUAUUCGCAAAGCUCAAAUGUAAGCCUUUUGAGUACCUUGAACAGGUUCAUCCAUUCCGGGCGCUGGUACAGUCCAUUCUUGGUCAGCAAAUUUCAUGGUUGGCGGCCCGAUCAAUCAACCAUAGGUUUGUUCGGUUGUAUGAUCCCUCCUUACCUGAAAAGCCAGCGGAUUAUUCUGCAUCCAAAUCUCCAACAUCUUUUUUCCCUGCCCCUUAUCAAGUUGCCAAUACGGAUAUCGUAACACUCAAGUCUGCUGGUCUCAGUACACGCAAAGCCGAGUAUGUAAAAGACCUUGCUGCGCGAUUUGCAGAUGGGAGGCUUUCAACAGAAAAACUGCUCGCCGCAGAUGAUAAAACCCUCGCCGAAAUGCUUAUAGAAGUGCGAGGGAUCGGACAGGGUGACCUCGGUGUCCAGCGAGGAAUGUUGCGCUGGUUCCUCUCGCGCCACUCGUCUAAGCACACGUUUACGCUUUCACCGCAUAAAUUGAGCGAUGGCGAACCCAACGCUGAUAAAUCAGAACAGACAAGUACUGGCAUAAUGGGACCGCCACCUACAACACCUGGACCGAAGAUAACCACUGGUUCUCAACUGACAGGAGAUGAUAAUGAUGCGUUGCCGACAUCAUCUGAAUCUCAAUCGCAGACUCCCGCACAAGUUGGCCCCGCAGAUCAGUCGUCAAAUCUCUUCCCGAAGGCCUUGAGCGUAGCAAAUUUAAAAGCAAGGCUUGAAGGAAAGAAGAUCAAAGACUUCCGAAGAGGAGCGUUCCUCACUCCGAAAGAAAUGGAAGAUUUGGCCGCGUCUUGGGCGCCGUAUCGAAGUUUAGGUGUUUACUAUAUGUGGGCUCUAUCAGAGGAGAAGAACUAG